AUGGUUGAUCUACCUUUGAAUUCUCCGAUCGAUAUUCGUGCACAUAUUCUCUAUUACGCUUAUCAACGUUAUUCCAUUAAAAAAUCUUAUUCGAAUUAUAAGAAACUGUGCAUAAAAUUUGGAAAACAAGCGAUUUCAUUUGAGGAAUAUGAGUUUCUGUUUAUGCAAUACCUCGGAGUAGAUGAACGAGAGCUCCCAGACAUUCGUGGAUGCAUUCUUUCUAAUGUCAUCAAUGGAAAAUCUGCUGAAAAAUCAAUAGAUGAUUUGUGUGAUGCGUUCAAAAAUCAUAAAAUCGAUAAGGAAGAUCACGAUUAUUGGCAUAGGCGAUUUGAAAAUGGACACUUAUUCACUCGUGUCACAUUCUCCGAUUUCCCAGAAGAUGUGAUCUCUGAAAUUGUUGAGAGAUGUGAUAUCAAGUCAUAUUUGAAUCUCCGAAAUGUUUCUCAUGGAUUUCGAACCGUCAUUGAUCAGCAGCCGCCUCCUUGCACUCAUAUUCAAGUGCAUUGCGGAGGGGACAGGAUGAAAAUCUAUGUAGAUUAUGCACUGAUAGCUGACUCGGAUAAUCACUAUUCAAAUCUACGAAUGAAGGCGUUUUUAAAACGAAUGCACGGAUCACUGACACUUUUGUUGAGAAAUUCGAAACUCCGGCUGAAAUAUUUCGCAUUUUACGCGAAUGCUGCUUCUCGAGAGACCUAUUUGUAUACAAAGGUCGUUAUCAGUCUACUCAACUCAUUGAAUCGCGAACUCCGAAGACUCAUUGUCUACGACAUUUCUCAAUGGAAAACUAUCGAUAAAUCCUUCAAAAUCUAUGAAAAACUGUGUAAAGUAUUGGGAAACGAGGCAAUUUCUUACGACAACUAUGAGUAUUGGUUCAAUCGAUAUCUCAAAGAGAACUACUAUUCUCCAUAUAAAUCAAGUCCUCCUUGGAUUCCAGACUUAGAAGUCUGCAUUCUCGCCGACGUUAUUGAUGGAAAAUCAAUUGAAAAUUCAUAUAGAGAUCUAUGUGAAGCUUUUGGAAACAAUAAAAUGGAUAAGGAAUAUCAUGCUACUUGUUAUGAGAGAUAUUACUUCGAGGCGCAUCGACACGCCCUCAUCAUGGCUGAACGAUCUGUCAAUACUACUCUUCCCGAUACUUAUAAUGAUCACGACUUGAAAUUCUCCGACUUUCCAGAAGAUGUAGUCACUGAAAUUGUGGAUAGAUGUGACUUGAAGGCAUAUCUGAAUCUCCGCAAUGUCUCGCAUUCGCUCCGAACAAUUGUCGAUAAACGCCCACCUCCUUGCACUGAUAUUGAGAUUGUUUGCAGAUACGAUUGCAUUCUAGUCAAGGCGGAUAAAGAGAUUCUGGUGCAUUCUGGUCUUGUUGAGCUGAACCAUUCACGCACUUGCUCCCUGGAUUAUAUCGAAAAACGUGUAUUCCGAGAGCUUGAAGUUCUUCUGAAAAAUCCGAAACUUCGAUUGAAAUCAUUUCGUGUCGAUUUCCAAAAUCAUUCAAUGUUUUUUGAUAUGAAUGCAUCACCUCGGAAAUAUAAGAAAAAUUGUUGCAAAUUGCUCAACUCGUUGAAUCACGAAAUCCUCGUGGAACGAUGCAUUAUCAUGAUGGAAGACGAAAAAUGUGAAAGACGAAUUCUACGAUGUUUGAAACCUGGAACGCUUCAAAAACUGGUUAUCGGUAGCUCGUUGUCGAUAAAUGAAAUUGGUCGAAUCGCUCAAAUGGAUCAAUGGAAACAGGCAAAACAUCUCAACCUCAUUUGUUUCCCCGAAUUAUCGAUUGAGUAUUUCUCCCAUUUCUCCACUUUCGAAAUAUCUUUCGGAACAAUUUCAACUAACAAUCUGGUCCGACUCUGUGAUAACCUCUCCAAAUCGACCAAUUUCGAGUCAUGCAUCAUCAAAAGUACGCGUUCGUUGAAUAUUGAGACAAUCAAGAAUGCACGGAAUCUUCAACCAUCUACUUCUCCGAAUAAGUAUUAUGUUCCGAAUUCAAAUCUUGUAAUUCAGUUUCCAAGAGGUUCUGUGGCAUACGAAAUUUCUAUCCGUAAACUUUAA